UGGAAGAAGCCAGCGAGACGCCGCAGCUGGCUGACGCUGCUUCCUUCGUGUUUCCGUUCCUCGACGGCAGAGAGCUGCUCAAUGGGCCAGACCGAGGUACGCAACGAUGAUGCGAUGCACAGAGAGGGAAGAACGCAUUGUAAAUGGCGUUGUUUUGCUUGUCUGUUGUCAUCAGACUCAUCGAAAGCGCCGCCCAUUUCCCCCCACCACACUGCCCCUCGCCCACCUCAAAUGCCGUCCAAUCCGCAUGCUCAUCCGCACACACCGACACGUACACGCUACUACCCGAUAAUCAGUACCGAGAGGCGUACUGCCGCGGCAAGAAAAUCGAGCCGCUGGGCACGGGUGGCGGUGGUGUGGGUGUGCUGCGGUGGGGCAAGGCCAAGUGCAUGGAAGAGCGGCUCGAGAUGGCGCGGAGCCGACCCUCACUCUUCAUCUGCGGGAAAUAUCUCUAUGUGUUCGGUGAGUCAUGGAGAAACACGGGGGGUUGGUGCAUGCUCCUGGGAGGGUGUGGUAACUCAUUGUGGCUGGCGGUGCGUUGGUCCAUUGCAGGUGGUGUGAUUGGUGACGGCAACUACAAGAACGACCUUGGCGGUACCCUCACAACACACACGGACACUCACGUCACACCAUCUUAUGUGUUCCUCCGUCUGUGUGUCAGUGUGUCAGUCAAGUCGCUGCUGUCGAGCGGCAAGUACAGCUGGCAGGAGUGUGAGGUCCGCGGCACGCCCCCAUACGCAUCGGACUCACUCACCCUCACAUCCAUCCACAUCCCCUCACCCGACACCCCCACAGCCUCAUCGCAGCCCCACCUCCCGCACAGAUACUUCGCGUGCGGCGGGCCUCUGUCUUCGGACAACGGCACGCCCCGUGAGCAGAUGUGGGGCGUGUUGGAGAUCAGCAAGGAAGAGAAGGAGCAGGAGGGCGAGGGGGCAGGUGGGGCAGAGGGGGCGAGUGAGAGUGAGCGUGAGAUCGAGUAUCGCUACCAGUGGGUUUCCAAGCGUGAGCUGAGGGGACAGGAGAACGGUGUGCCGAAGAAACAGAAGACCACUCUGCGGCUCAAGAGGUGAACCCAGCAGUCAUAAGGUGGUCCUCCAGUGUCCAUGUGUGUGCAUGGCUUGCCAUUCUUGUUCCAGGCGCAGGCGCUACUACUUUACUUCCACGUUUCUGCCCAUCCGGUCGACUGAGCACCCCGAAGGCUACGUCUUCAUCUUCGGUGGCCGAGCCGACUUUCUCGACCCGGACGACAUGAGGUGGGCUAAUGAUGUCAUGCCGAUGUCGACGAUUGCUGAUGCAGCGACAUGGUCAUUGGACGGGUAUGCAACCGCACACGAGAUAUCUAGUCGGGUGGGGCCCCACCUUGUCUUUUUUUUCUUUUCCUCCUGGCUAGGAGUGACCCUGUGUUUGGUGAGGGACCGGACGGCCGUCUGAAUCACACGGCCACCCUCGUCAAGGAUCGCUACGUCUUCAUCAUCGGCGGACUCCAAGAGGGUAAGCCGAACCAACUUCCUGAUGAGCAUUGGUGUGAUGGUCGGUUUGAACGAUGCAGGCGCGCGUUUCGAGGGCCUGCAUCGGGCCAGGUAUUUCGAUGCGGGCCUCGACAUACUCGACGGCAACACCAAAACGUACGGGCGUGAGCCGUCAAGCCACUUCACUUCAUUUCACUUCACCUCCCCCCGUCGCAUCCUCUCGGUCUCGGUCCAGGUGGAUUGAGUUCGAUGGCCUCCCAUGGAUUGCUGCCGGCAACAGGCCGGCAGUCGAUGGUGAGUGUGUUCCCCGAUGGUGGGAAACACACGUGUGUAGUCGCUUUUGUCCUGUCAGGGGGUGUUGGCGCUUAUUUGGAGGAUGUGCACAUGACGGACAAGCGGUACGAGGCCGUCCGGCCAUAUCCCACUCUGGCGGGCGAAUUCGCUCGCCACACAGCUGUGCUGGCGGGUGGGUGGGGUGAUUUACAUGCAUCUCUCGAUCAGAUCAAGGUGUUUCUCUGUCUUAACUGCAGGUGACAAGAUCGUCAUCAUGCUGCCAUAUGGAGUCAACCAGAACCAUGACUUCUGCAUGUACGGCGGCGUCAAGACGGUCAUCUUCGACACCAAAACUGGCCGAUUCAGCAGGCCGUCCUUCGCCACGCAGCCUCAGAAGAUGUGUGCGACCCCACCCCACCCCGGCCUGACCCCCCAAUCCUCGACGUACGAGCCCCGUGCCGCGUACGAGCCGCCGCCAGGGGCAUUCGCAGCUGCCGUGUGGACGGGCAGGUACGCACCGCACCCAUGCACACACAGGGAGGGAUGCAUUCCACGAUUGUCUGUGUGCCGGUUGCAGUGAGGCUAUUUUGUAUGGUGGGGCGAGUUUUCUGGAUGAGGACCCUUUCGACGAUGGGUCGUACGACCAGAGCAAGUAUGCCGACAUCAGUGUGCUUGGGGUGAUGGAUCGCAAGGCGGACGACCAGAUUGUGCCCGUAGACCGACACCAGGAGGUACAGACACACAGGAGAGCAUCUCCAUCCCCUCGAUUGGCUCCAUUGGUGCCGUGGUUGUGCAGGUGGCGCCCUUCUGGCGUCGCUAUGUGUGCAACCGCCAGCUGUGGCAGAUGGACAUAUUCGAGGACAACGCCCGCUUCGACAUUCUCCUGUGGGACCACCAUAAGCUGAUCGAGCAGAAGUGGUAUGAGGAGCGGCAGGCCAUCGCCGAGAGCAAGGCCAAAGAGAGGGAGCAGCUGAGGGAGAGGGGGGUGGAGGCAGAGAUAGAGAGCGCUGAGGGUGACGAGUAUGAAGGCAUGGACGGCUACACGAACAAGGACAUAGACGAUCAUCUGUGCGGGAAGCCGCUGCCGUGCAGCAAGGUCUUCGGCAAACCCACUCGACGCACCCGCCACCAAGCCCUCUCCAAAUUCUUCACUGUGACUGGGUAGGGCGACACAAUAGGAAGACGCCGUCUGUCUAGCUCUCGGUGUGCCAUGUGUGUGUGUGUGUGUGUGUGUUCUGUGCAGCAUACUUCGCAGCGACCCCAUGCACUGGUGCACACGACACUUGCACAUCCUUGUCUGCCUGCUGUUCAUCUUCUCUCCACUGCAGGACGCUGCCGAAGGAUGACUCGCAAGCCGACGCCACACAGACCAAAAUCACCACAUUCUUCUCACGGUACAUCACGCCAACCAUGCGCUCAGACAGGCACCCACAGGUCUGUCUGUCUGUCUGUCUGUCUGUCUGUCCGUUGUGUCCAGCCGUGUUGUGCAGUCAUCUCUGAGCGGCAACCACGGGUACAGCGGCACCAAGAUAAAGAGAUCCAAUCGGUGAGUGGGUCGGUUCUCAGCGAAAACAGCUCAGCUGAGCUGACCAGAUGGAGGAUUGCUCUGUCAUGGGAUGUCCAUGCCUUUCCUGCAGCAGCUGAGCCCGGCGGAGGAAGGCAGCACAUGCGGGUGGGGUGGGCUGGUCACUAUCGCAGCCAGCCAAGCGGAGUCGUACCCUCAUUGUAAAUGAACAGUAGCUACCUUGCAUCCACCUGUCCGUGUCUAUGUGUGUGCGCGUGAUCUUGACGGUUUUGACACGAUUCAGCGUCAAUGUCGAUGUCAAC